CACAGUUCACACUUGGCAGGAUGACGUGCAAGAAAAAGUGAUACCUUUUGGAGUAAAGGCGCCGUCCUUGAAAGAGUGAAGUCCACUAGUGUUGCAUGCAAUGUUGACUGACAGUAUCAUGGCGGAAGAAACCCUGGUUGGUGCUGGAAACGUUCACGAACGUCUCGCAGGCUUUGAAGUAGCUGCUGGGAAUGACCGACAGCUACUACAAGACAUUCUAGCUCGUCUUAGUGAUCUCCAUACUACUUUUUCCGGCAAGGAAAACGUGACCAGCACAGCGUCAUUGCAAGGUGAUGAGCCAGUCCGUUCUGACCGUGCGUCGAUAUCAACAGCCGGUGAGAGCAGCGAGAGCACCGCGGCCAGCACCACCGCCAGCACCAGCACUGUUGCAGAUGCCAGCGCUCGGAACAACACCACCACCAUCACCACGCCCGUUGCAGCCAGCAAGCGCCGGCACUCGGUGACGUUUGCGCCCGCACCAUCCGUGAACUGCUUCAGUCCGGCGACGGCAGUGGUGGAGUCUGCUCAGCCCAACGCCAUUAUUACGCCAGCUACUUUCAGUUCAGCUGUCACUGCGCUACGCUCGGCUAUUGGACCUAUGCAGAGGAAAAAUAUACUGCAGAGUCAAGUGGCUGGUUACCUGCUAACCUCAUCACAAUUUGCCAUUUUGCUAUCGUUCCUGCGCUAUGUGGAGGAGCGGUCUUGGGCGGCGGAGUGCCUCUCGCUGUGCGUCGUCGACAUUGAGAACUGUAGCGACGCUUUGCUCAUGUACACUACUGUCCGGUCGGAGAAAGAGCUGCGUGCCAUUCAGGCAUGCUUGGCCCGGGCUCGACACACUGCCGCUACUGACAAUGCCAGCUAGCAGCUGCUUCUCAGUACCUUCUCAUUCUGGAUCACAACGCAGUAUUUACGCUUCAAAGUCAAACCCUAUCUCUCUGGUAGACAGCUAUCUCCAGUACUGUCCCAAACCUAUGGUAAGGUACCUUGAUCUUGAUUUCAAGUCAUCUUUGCAGUGUUCGUGCACAGUCUACACACGCCUGUCCCUGUAUAACGUAAGCCCAGAAGGACACACAGCGUCUUGUAUGGUCUUCUUUGUAUGUCAUUGUUUGCGCCAUCUUUUGCGCCAGUUGUCUCUACAUGUAGUGUUGAUUAGGUUGGCUGCUAGCAGGAUUACUAGCAGCAACACAGCUACGAGUACGAAUAUUCAAUACCAACAGCACCAAUAUAGCACAUGAAUGCCAUUUAUAGCACAUUCUCAUCCAUUCUGGUCUUCCAGGUCCAUGCACCUGAAGACUGUACAUGACGCCCAUGCGUAAAAGUACUUUUAUUUUUCAACCAAAAAUCUGUGAACGCUACAGCAGUGAUAAAGAUAUUUUACAACAACCGUCGUGUACAUGUACGUGUAACACCUUCCUUCUGACAUAAUUCAUUGAUUGAAUUGCUAUUUCACUUAGUAUCAA